UGUGGGGCUGAGAGCUCAUUGGGAAGGGAAUCGCCACCUCUGCUUGCUAGCCUUUCCUCCGGGUGGUGGUUGGAAGAGGUGGGAGCCUGAGAUCUUUUCCUCCGAAGGGGGUGUCCCGGGACGGUGAAUCGCCCCGUUUCCCCUAAAAGCUAGAGAAAACUGCUGGGCACCGGCACCCUGCAGUGCCCUCUUUCCUCUGGCCCGGGGACCGUUUUUUAAAUAUCCAAGGGCGUGGGUCAGCCUCCCUUAGGACUUCAUGUCUGUAUAUUUCCCCAUUCACUGCCCUGAUUAUCUGAGAUCAGCUGACAUGACUGAGGUGAUGAUGAGCACCCCUUCUAUGGAUGAGAUUGGGCUGAAUACCCGGAAGGAUGGUAUUUCCUAUCAGAUCUUCCCUGAUCCUUCAGACUUUGAUCGCUACUGCAAGCUGAAGGACCGCCUGCCUUCCAUUGUGGUGGAGCCCACAGAGGGAGAGGUGGAGAGUGGGGAGCUAAGAUGGCCCCCAGAGGAGUUCUUGGUCCAAGAAGAUGAGCAAGAAACCAGUAAAGAAACAGAGAAUGAGAAGAAGGAGCAGUAAAUCUCUUGAGAGCACCCAAAGGGGGCAAAAAAAAUACAUCUGAACUGUAUUUUUUUCCCAUCAUGGUGGAAAAUGAGUGAGCCACAGUAGUUCUGAAAAUGUCCAAUGACAGCUUCAAUUUUGCACCUGCGAGAUCACUGGGUUGGUUUUUUCUUUUUUUUUUUUUUUCUUUUUUUUUUUUUGAUAUGUAUAUUUUUUUUUCUGAAAGAAAUGUGUCCAGCAGCUGAGUCCUCAAUGCAAAAAUUAGCAAGGCCUUCUGAGAAAGGAAGUCACUUAACUGGGGUUGGGGAAGUGUCUGCUGCUUUGAGAUCACUAUCUGAACUCUGUGUAGUCUUGAGGAGUUGUGAUAUUCCAGGGAGGGGGUUGGUAAAAGGCAAAGCAAGUAAGGACUGUUCUGAGGCAAGAAAACAAAUGACAGAAAUAAGAGAAAAUAAAGGUUUUAAGAAGACACUGAGCAAAGAUCUACAGCCAGAAAGCAAUCAAAGGGGACUAGUGCUGGCUUAAAAGUACAUCCGUAGAUAGAGUCAUCAUCUCUCCCAUUUAUUCUCUUUUCCCCUUUUGUUUCUGUUCGGAGUGUUUGAGUGAAUUAACAAGGGAGGAGGCAAGGGCAAAAAGAGCUGUGAGACAGACAAGCAUAUAUAUUUUUGAUGGCCUCCUCUCUCCUUUUUAUUCCCCUCUGUUAGCCCUGAUCUCCAUGUUCCUCUGACAGAGGACCUUUCCCAGUGUGUAUCUGGUUUUUUUGUUUUGUAGAUGGGGAGGGCAAGACUUUCUGGGUCCAUUUCCCAAAGUAUCCGCUCCUUUUUGUUUUUGGUGCCCUGGCAUCCCAUGUCCCUUUGAGGAGCAUGGGGAGGAUAAGAGGGCUACAGCAUGGGUCCCUUGCCUUUCUCAGGAUGAAAGGCACAGGGUAGAGUUCCUCUUUCUUCUUGUCAUUCUCAAGUCCAAGAGGGAGAUUUGGGAAUAGCUAGGUUCUCUUUCUUUAAUUAACCCUUUCUUCCAAAGCCUCUGUAGCAGUCUCUGAGCUGAAUCUUUUGCUUCCUCCCACCUGUUUCAUUCUAGCCAGUCUGACUAGCUAGGUCACUUACUAUUGGCCUUCAGCCUACUUUUCACCUUGAAUAUUCUCUCUCCUUUUUAUGAGAAGUGGAGGAGCCAGGGGAAGAGAGUUCUUUAUCUCCUGGUAUUGUUUUUAGGGGGAGCUGAGUCUUUCUUCUCAUCAUGAGGGCUGAGAUGACCUGGGACUUGAAAGGAGGAUAGGUUGGGGAAGGAGGGAAGGAGGGGGAGUGAGUGGGGUGACACGUGGUAGGGCGAGUGCCAGCAGUACUGUGACCAAGUUGGAAAUUAGAGGGUGUCAUGAGAUACCUUGCAGCCUUCCAAGUUCUGGAGAGGUAGGUAUUGUGUGGUGGAGAGGGGGGAGGCUUAUCCUGGAUUGCUCUGCUCUGAGGAGGCUCCAGAAGGGAAAGAAUAUUGUAUUCAGAUCUGCGUUCUCCCCUCAAGACUCCCGAAUGCUCCCACUCCCUCCUUCCUUUCACUGUCCUUGGCCCUUCGUGUGGAAGGACACAGGACACGGGAACAUUAGGAGCCUCCGUAGGAGCUGGCUAUGGCCAGGCUCUCCACUUUGGAACCCAGGGUACAAAGAACAAAGUAUAAAAACAUUUCCAUCUUGUUGCCAGAUCCUCUGUGGCUUCCACAGAAGCGCAGAGAGGCAGCAUGUGAUAAGGAAUCAGGCUUUGAAGCUUUCCCUGGGUAUAACAAGGGAACCCAAGGCACCUGACUAUUGCCUCCCUAUUUCCAAUCAGUCCUAUUUCAGCCCCUAGUCUUGGACUUAGUGUAAUAUAUUUGUAAUUAAUACCUCAUGGGUAGUAUGGCGCUAGGGAAGGGUGUUGCUUUUAUAUAUCAGCAGGACCAGGUUUGAGGGGUAUCUCUCCCCUCUUCUUCCCUCCCAUCUCAUCCGCUUGUAUUAUAAACAUUGAUGGCAAUAACUUUUAGGUCCAUAUAAUGGCAGCAGGCCAGCAGGUAGGGGGGAGGGGGAGAAGAUGACCCAUUCCCUGCACUUUCUGCUGGUGACCCAUGAUAGGUCUGCCUGCCCCUCUCUCUCUCUCUCUCUCUCUCUCUCUGUCUGUAGUUUUGUGGCAAAGAGCCAGUCAUCUCUGUUGUGUAUCCCCCGCUGUAGUUUUGAACAUCAUUCAACUUCUGUGGAGGGGAGAGUGAGGGACUCACCUAAUGACUCCUUAUCUUUUCAAAUCCCUCAUUGGGGUGGGUAUCCAGCCCCCUAUCCCUCCCCAUCUGCUACCUGUUAUCAUCCGUCCCAGUCUUGCUGUGUGAUGAAAUGUGCUUUUGUACACUGCAUAACAAACCUACUUUGUGUAUGUGUGUUUGUUUAUGGCUGGUGGGUUAUUAUCUUUCUGGUCCUUAGAUCACUCUCUACCACCAUUUGGAAUUCUGAGCAGGAAAGGGGCCAACAGCCAACAUAGGAUAGGCCAGGAUCUUCAGAAGGCUCAGGCCCACUGGGUUGAUCCCAUCUACCCUUGGAGAAACUAUGCUCUUUAUCUGGCUUCUGUGUUGUUGUGGGUUUUCGUUUGUUGUUAUUGUUGUUGUUGUUCCCCCCUCCCCUUUUAGAGAUAAUUGUGUGUAUUUCUAACUGAAUGUAUCAAAAAAAAAAAAAAAAAACAGUAAAAAUACCUGUUGUUUGAUGAACUUUCUGUAACUUCUGUCUGUUCUUUUUUGAGGCUCAGGGAGAAACUAGCAUUUUUUUUUCCAAAACUACUUUUUGUCACUGUGACAGUUGUAAAUAAAGUUUGAAAAUGCUUUCCA